AAGAACACCUUGAACCAAAAACUCGGUUACGCUGUCCCCGUCGGUCGUCACUGUGCCAUUUCCCAAUCCCAAAAAAAACGACGACCACCAGCCAUGUCGUCCUCCGGCAGAGCUAUUCCGAGGGUUCUAAACGAUGACGACGACCAGAGACCAUGGUAUAGGCAUCCCCACAAGAGCGGCUACGACUUUAGCAGCAAGAUCAUGCUCACCGCCAUCAUCUCUCUCUCUAUCGUAGUCAUCUUCGUUCUCUUCCUUCACCUCUACGCUCGCUACGUCCUCCGCCGCCGAGCCCGCCGCCGUCGCCAAGCGUUGCACCAACUAGGGUUGACCGUGGCUGAAGCCCGUUCCGCCACCGAGCCUCCGCCGCCGAAAACUGGGCUCGAACCCUCCGUCAUAGCCUCUUUGCCCGUAUUCACUUUCAACUGUACUGGCAGUAUUGAUCUUGACCAAGACAGAAGUAAUGAGUGCGCGGUUUGUCUGAGCAACUUGGAGGAAGGAGAAAGGGCGAGGCUACUUCCCAACUGUAACCAUACUUUUCACGCCGAGUGUAUAGACAAGUGGUUGAGUUCGCAGUCGACCUGUCCCAUUUGCCGAACCGAAGCAGAGCCGAAGCCGCGGCCGGAGCCGGAGCCGAGGGAGGGUGUUGUUUUGAGUUCUAUUGCUUCUCCGCCGACGGCUCCGCCUCUGGAGCGGUUGGGUUCUAUGUCGUCGUGCAUGGAGGGUACGAGUACGACGUCUAUGUCAUCGGACUCCGCCAAGAUCAAUAAUGGAAGUUCAAGCAGGUUUUCUUUCCGAAGAAUGCUUAGUAGGGAAAGAUCAUCGCGAAGAAUCCAGCCCAAUUGUGUCCAAGAAGAUGUUACACUACACGACAUAGAACGACAGUGAUCAUUUGAUUAAUUUCAUUUUGUUUACAAAUAAGGUAAAUUAAUGUCUGUUUUUAUACACACUAGUGUUAUUAGUAAUUUUUUUUCAUCAUGUUACAGACAGAGGAUGUUAUACUUAAGAAAUUUUGGGAAAUAUAUGCUUAUAGAUGUGAGAAAUUCCCUUC